AAGAAAGCAGAAUAGCGAGAAAGAGACUUUCCUUCGAGCUUCUCCUUUCCCAUCUCUCCCCUCUUUCCUCCGCUCUUUCUUUCCCGCCGUCCCCUCGUAAUAAAAGAGGAGCCCAAACCCUUACUCAGUAGAUAUCUCUCUCUUCUCUUCUCCUUCAGACAGAUAAUCCCUCUUUCAAGAAAAAGGAGGUGACAGUUGUUGAGCAUGUGUGUCAUUCCAGACACCGUGAAGAGGAAAUCAUCGCCAGCUGAGUUCAUCUCCAUGGACAGCAAAAUCCAGGAUCAGAAGGGUCCCUUUCCCUCCUCGAAUCUGCUUGAAUUAUCUGCGUCCAAUGAUCUGAUUGCCUUCAAGCGGGCUGUGGAAGAAGAUGGUCUGGCCAUCAAUGAGGCAGCCUACUGGUAUGGUAAACGGACCGGGUCGAGGAAGAUGGGUUAUGAGCAGAGGACACCAUUGAUGAUUGCCGCAAUGUUCGGAAGCAUGGAUGUGUUGAAGUACAUACUAUCUACUGAUGGGGUUGAUGUGAACAUGUCUUGUGGUUUGGAUGGUGCGACUGCCCUCCAUUGUGCAGCUGCUGGCGGGUCUGCCUCUGCUUCAGAGAUUGUCAAGCUGUUGAUCAAUGCUUCUGCAGAUGUGGAUUCUCUUGAUGCUCAUGGCAAUCGGCCUGGAGAUGUGAUUGCGCCAGCCUCCCCAACAGAAAAACAGAAGUCCCUGGAAAUGAUGCUGAAAGGUAUUCGCGGCAGCAGUGGUAGAGAGGAAGAAAACUCUGCUUCUUCCGGUCAAAACAUCAGCAAUUUGAAUGAGAAUCAACAGCCACUGGAAGAGCAGGUUCUGGAGAAGAGAGAGUAUCCGGUCGAUUUCUCGAUGCCAGAUGUAAACAGCGGCAUCUAUGGGACAGAUGAGUUCCGGAUGUACACCUUCAAGGUGAAGCCGUGCUCACGGGCAUACUCACAUGACUGGACAGAGUGCCCUUUCGUCCACCCUGGGGAGAACGCAAGGAGGCGGGACCCAUGCAAGUACAACUACAGCUGUGUGCCAUGCCCCGAGUUCCGGAAGGGGGCAUGCCGUCUAGGAGAUGCCUGUGAGUAUGCUCAUGGAGUGUUCGAGUCAUGGCUCCACCCUUGGCAAUACCGGACCCGGCUCUGCAAGGACGAGACUGGGUGCACACGCAGGGUCUGCUUCUUUGCCCACAAGCGGGAAGAGCUCCGUCCCGUGCAUGCUUCUACGGGGGCAGCUAUGCUAUCUCCCCGAUCAUCAUUUGCUGGUGCUUUGCCCUUGGACAUGACCACAUCGAAUGGUGCCCCAUCUGGGAUGAUGCUUCCUACUACUACAGCGCCAACAUCGCCUUCGUUGUCAUCAUGGCAAAACCUGCCUGGUGUCAUCCCACCAACCUUGCAGUUGCUAGGCAGCCGGCUUAAGACAGUAUUGAGUGCUAGGGAUUUGGGUUUGGAUAUGGAGAUGCCAGGGCUGGAAGGUUAUCAGCAGCAAUUGAUGGAUGAGAUAUCGAAUCUCUCUGGGCGGACAAAUGCUUUUGCUGCUGCUGCGGCAGCCCUUGCUGCCUCGUCGGGCAGUCGGAGUGGGAAGUUCAGUCGUGCCAGUUCAGUGACGCCCUCCAACCUUGAAGAUGUUUUUGGGUCUCUCGAUCCUCCCACCCUAUCUCAAUUGCAAGGAAUUUCACUGAAAGCAGCAGCUGCAGCGUCUCAUUUUCAAUCUCCCUCAGGACGUAUGGCUCACCAGAACGUGAACCCGCAGUUGCAUUCUGCCUACAGUAGCAGCCCGUCUUCCUCACCAGUGAGGACGUCAUUGGCGUCGUCUUCUUUUGGGCUGGACCCCACAUCAGCAGCAGCUGUUAUGAAUUCAAGGUCAUCUGCUUUUGCAAAAAGGAGUCAGAGCUUCUCUGAACGGGCAAUGAUGAAUCGUCAUCCCAGCCAUUCAACGAUGGCCACAACAACAACGGAAACAAUGCUUUCAGACUGGGGCUCACCUAAUGGGAAACUAGACUGGGGUUUUAAAGGGGAGGAGCUUAACAAACUCAGGAAGUCAGCAUCUUUCGGGAUCCGCACCACCACCACCACCAUCGCCCCAGCUGCAGCGACAGUCUCAACAGCUCCACCGGUUUACGAGCCUGAUGUUUCAUGGGUGCAGUCUCUUGUGAAGGACGGCCCUUCAGCAGGAUGGGCUGGUCAGCAGCAGUAUCACCAUGACGGUGGUGAUGAGUUCGAUUCCUUGGAGAUGCUUUCUCCUUGGGCAGAGCAGCAGCUUUGUAUGGAGCAGGAGCAGUUGGCAGCUUAAGUUGACCGUGGCCCACCUUACAGGUUUCUUGCCAUCCUUUUUUUGUUCUUUUCCUUCUUUUUAGUAAUGAUUGUAUUUGUUCUGUUGAUAUAUGAAAGAAAGGUAAAUCAAGUGCCCGCAAGGGAGGAAGAGGAAGCUGAAAUGGAAAAGAGGAAAUGUAAUAUUUUUCUUUUUUUAAGCAUUCAAUCUUAAGAAAAUGACAAAGAAACAUGAUCUUAAUAUUGAUGGAUCGAUAUGAUCAUAUUUCAUCUACAGAUUUAGCAGUUUUCAUGUGUAUACUGCGUAAGCGAAAACUGUUAUUGUUAUUGUUCAAAAAAAAAAAAAAGAGCAAAAACUGUUAUUGUUCAUA